AUGACGCUGGACAGGCCUUCGAAAUGCUGCCCUACAGGGCAGACCCACCUGCUUCCGCCACGAAGAGCCAACUCAGUGAGGCUGGCUUUUUUCAACUCCCUUUCCCUGUUCGUAUGUUUGGGUUCAGGUGAGUUAGAAGAGGCUUUUGAACCCUUCCACCCAAGGAAACCUUAUUUCACUUUGUUACUCAAACGUCCUAGAACGUCAGAUGUGUCCAUCUCUAAGGUACUCUGGGGCCAGUGUGGAUUAAUGAAUAUAUGCACCUUUCUGACAGUAUCUCAUUUUAUUGAAGAAAACUAG